AUGGACAACGACACAUCCACAUGCUCUAUCAGAAGCAGCAGUGUGAAAGUUCAAAAAAUCUUUGAUUAAUAUAUGGCUUAAAUUGCUCCUCUACCUAAUCUCUAAAAUUCUACUAACAAAGAAAAUUCAUUUUCAAUCUCAAAUGAUCAACGAUCCAAUUAUCACACCAGAAUUUAAACACCUGACAAGACAACAUAAAGAAGCAACUCAUAAAUUUAGGCUCUAUAGGCUUUGUAAAAAAAGAAUCUCGAGCUUAAAACAGAUAAUGAUAGUUUGAAAGAGCAGUUAAAAAAUUAUUAAAAUUAAUAAAGCACUAUUAAUGAAAUCAAUACCAUCUAUCAAAAUCUAUAAUAACAAUACAUUGCUUUAGAUUUAGAUCAUAAAUAAUUGUUGCAAUCCUAUGAAUUAUAAUUAAGUCAACUUAAGUUAGAAAAGGAUUAAUGUAUUGAUUAAAUCAAUCAACAAUAUAAAUUGUAAUUAGAAGAAAUGAAGCAAUAAAUGCAAUUGUAAAAUGAACGAUAUAAGAACAUAGAAGUUUGUAGAAAUGAUUAGGAUAGUCUACUUCAGAACACUCUAGAUGAAUUAAGAAAGGAGAGGCAAAUGCUUAAUAAAUUCAAAUUAGAUUAGAGGCUAUUAUUAGAGGAUAAUGAAUAAUAAUAUGAGAAGCAGUUGCAGUAUCAAUAAAAACUUUAUCAAGAAAUGAAAAACUAAAAUGCUAUAUUAGUGAAAGAAAAGUAGGAUUAAUAGGAAUAAAUAAAGGCACUAGAAAACACUUAUAAAGAGCUUGUCUCUCAUCAAAAAUAAGAGAUCUAAAAACUAUAAAAGUAGUAUACUGAUAUAAAAGGCUUUUUCGAAGCCUAGAUGUAGUAAGUCUAAACAGAAGUUUCAUGUGCAAUGUAAGAAUUAAGAAGCAAAAAUAGCAGUUAUCAUCAAUAAUUAUAGGAAUAAGAAUUAAUUAUAGAGGACUUAGAAGAUCUAAAUAAAUAGUUAAAAUAAUAACUACUCUUUAAAGAUUAGGAGUUAUUAAACUUAAAAUCUUAAUUAGAACAAUUGUAAAUUUAACAUGAACAAUUGAAAUAAAUGAAUGAUGAACUCAUAAAUUAAUUUAAUCUUUAAAUAUAAGACUUAUCAUAAAAAAUAGAAGUGGAGAAACAGAAUUUUGAUGAAGAAUCAGAAUUAAAUGAAGAUGAUAAGAAAGAAAUAUAUAAUGCCUUGCAUAAUGAUAAAACACUGUAAUUAACUACUUCUCAAUCUAAAAAUGAUUUACUAUACGAAUAGUAACCAUAAUCAUCUACAAGAGAUCUUGAAUAUAAAUUAUUACUUUCACAAAUAAUCGAAGUAGAAAAGGAAGCGUUUCGAUUAAAUAAUAAUUAUUAAACAUUAUUCCAGUAGUUCUCGAAGAACAAUCAAUUAUCUGAAUAAUAGAAACAACACUUGAAACAAGAGAUGACUGAUUUAAUGUAGAAAAUCAGAGUAAAUAACUCAAAAUUAUAUGAACUUAAAGCCAAGGAAUUCACAUACUUAUCUUGA